ACACUUUUCCUUCAUUUUCUCAUAUCCUCAAACACCUCUCUCUUCAAUCAUCAAACACAAUUCCAUCAACCACAAAACCUAUCAAGCCAUGGAAUCCACAGAAACACAGCCAAUUCAUAAGAACAAAAGCAAACGUCAUUUGUUCAAGUGUUUCAAAUCGGACAAUGUUGUCGACCAAUCACCGCGUAGAAAAGAGAAAACUAGUGACCCGCUUCUUAGUUACAUUGCCUUGGCCGAGAAGCAAGGUAGGGUCUUGCCUACCAUUUUGUCCUCCAUUUUGACCGCAGCUAAAUGUGGCUCCGGAGAUGGAUCUCCAAGUAGAAGGAGAAAGAUGGGUAAGCAAAAAUCUCUUCGGAUUCGCCAGGCUUUAAUUGCGGCCUUGAAUCAUUCAUCAUUGGGCAAGAAAAUUAUUAAUAGAACUAAAGCAAACAAGAACAAGAACAAUUGGGGAAAAUCAAGGUUAACCAAGAUAGGAGAAGGUGAUAAAAUUACUAACACGAAUCAUAAACAAGUACAAGAAGGAACCAAUUCAUGCACUAAUCCAUCUUCUGAUUCUUUACCCGCAAUUACCUCUUCCACACUAUCAUCAUCUACGAAUUCAACUUCGUCACAAGGUAGUCAUGUUUCGGGUUCAUCUUCUGAUUUGAAUCGAAACCCUUCGAUGAAUGGAAUUGUGGUGAGGCAAGAAGAUGGAGAGAGUAGAGAAAGGAGUUUUGGUUUAAACAUAAGUUUGUGUUGGCAUUUUAUUAUUAGCCUUUUGUUUUUUAUUUUGUUGGGUAAGUUGUAUACCUUAUUGUCGGAGAAAAUGAAGUAAUAUGAGAAGGAUAUGUGUGAAGUAAACAAUGAAUUUGAUUAGGUUGAGUAUGAGAAAUUGAUCAUGGAAGGUUUGUGUAAAAAAAAGUUUGAAUGGGAAAAAUCUUCUUUAUUCUAUGUUUUA